GCAGAGCGCGCCGGGCCAGGAGCGGCCCGUCGGCCCAGGCCGGGCGCGGCGCGGCGUACGUGCGCGCGCGCGCGCGUGCGUGCGUGCGAUUUGCGAUCAGGCGGCGCGGCGGACAGCCCCGGCGGCGGGGCGGGGGGAGUUAUAUUGCGGGGUCCUUCCUCGCUCACCCUGGUUCCUCUCGGAGCGGAGACGGCAAAUGGCGGACUUCGAUACCUACGACGAUCGGGCCUACAGCAGCUUUGGCGGCGGCAGAGGGUCCCGCGGCAGUGCUGGUGGCCAUGGUUCCCGUAGCCAGAAGGAGCUGCCCACAGAGCCCCCCUACACAGCAUAUGUAGGAAACCUACCUUUUAAUACAGUUCAGGGCGACAUAGACGCUAUCUUCAAGGAUCUCAGCAUACGGAGUGUACGGCUAGUCAGAGACAAAGACACAGACAAAUUUAAAGGUUUCUGCUAUGUAGAAUUUGAUGAGGUGGAUUCCCUUAAGGAAGCCUUGACAUAUGAUGGUGCACUGUUGGGUGAUCGGUCGCUUCGUGUGGACAUUGCAGAAGGCAGAAAACAAGAUAAAGGUGGCUUUGGCUUCAGGAAAGGUGGACCAGAUGACAGAGGCUUCAGGGAUGACUUCUUAGGAGGCAGGGGAGGGAGUCGCCCAGGUGACCGGCGAACAGGCCCCCCAAUGGGGAGUCGGUUCAGAGAUGGCCCUCCCCUUCGAGGGUCCAAUAUGGACUUCAGAGAACCAACAGAAGAGGAAAGAGCACAGAGGCCACGGCUCCAGCUGAAGCCUCGAACAGUUGCCACGCCCCUCAAUCAAGUAGCCAAUCCCAACUCUGCCAUCUUCGGGGGAGCCAGGCCCAGAGAGGAAGUCGUUAACAAGGAGCAAGAAUGAGCUCGCGGUUGGGAGGGAAUGGGGUGUGGGGGAGUCACAGCAAGACCACAGCCUGGCUAGCCCCCUGGACCAGCGGUCCUGCAGUCACCAUUCCUGCGCCUGACCUUUGUCCUCCUUUCUUACAGCGGAAACACAGAGCUUGUGAGUGCAUGUCAGCAGUUAACAAGUGGUUUUUAGUACAUUCUUGGCUUUGCUGAACCUAUCUAGUGCCUGUUUUGUGCUUUUUUUUUUUUUCUUUCUUUCUCUGCCAGUCCUUCCCCCAUUUUCCUUCUGUCCUUUUUCCUUCUUGCUCCUUGUUUCCUUCCAGUACUUGAGUCUCUCUCGAGGGACAGAGGCAGCCACCCGUGGGCGUUCUUAGGAUGGAGGUGCUGCUCCAUUUUUCUCCCCCUGCUUUCUCGUUUUACUUUGGACACUCUGGCCAGACCCGGUUGGUCCUUUCAUUUUUCUCAGUGCUUCUCUUCUGACCUGCAUGUGGAGUUCUGUAUUGCUGUGGCUUCCAAGGGAAGGAAAAAGACAAGACAAAACAAAACAAAACAAAAGAAAGAAGUCACAAAUUGGGUAGCAUCUUCUUUUUAUUCAGCUGUGGUCAACAGAAUUUGAGGCACCUUGUUUUCAAAACAAGGAUAAAAUAUCUGUUGAUCCUUGCAGAUUCCUCCCUGUCCCUAUUUAUAAGCAGCCCUGUCUCUGUCACUCCCUCCCCGAAUGGAUCAUUCGAGCCGGAGGCUCUCCUUUCAAAGGUGGAAUCUAAGAGAAGAGGGUGGUAGCGUGAGUCGGUGAGCAGCUCAGCGGACGGGCCGGGGGCCGAGCGCACCUCUGCGCGCACGCUAGGAUGGCUGGGUCAGCACGUCGUGCAAGCUCGUCCCCUCCUCCCCGGCGGAGGUGGAGGCUCCCGUGGGCGGCUGGGUGCGCCGAGCCUCCGUCCGGUCUCCCGUCCGGGCAGGGCGCUCCGGGGGGACCGACGGGCAGUGGUGGCCGAGCCGCGCCUGGGCCGUGCUCCCCGUGCGGACGCGGACUCUCCUCAGACCCCGUCGUGUGUGUGUCCCUGUCUCUCCCUUGUGUUUACCUGUGUCUGCUCCUCGCGUAAGUAGCAGUGAGAUACUGCGCUUCCCGCCCUCCCUGACUUUUAUAAUGAAAAUGGGCCUAAAAUCUGGCACUUUACUGUUUGACUUGAUGAAUUGAGGGUUUUACUCUGCAGGGCUGUCAAGAGCCUUCAGAGAGCUGGUAGGUGGCUGUAAGUCCCCAGGUCUCCUCUUUGGGGCACAGUUGCCUAUCCCCACAAGCUGUGUUUGGCACGUACCCAGAGCCAGGGGGGCUGGGCCGUAGCUUCUGAGCUAAACGCCCGUGUGUGUGAGCAACCUGGGUUUUUCAGCAGCGAGUCCCGGACCGUCCCGUUGGGAGCAGUUUGGGGGCCGCCAGCAGCUAGAGCCCAGGGAAGAGACCUGCCGUUAGGGGGUGGGGGGGGGGGGAGGUGAGAGGUCGUCACUAGCUGGCGUCCUUGGCUUCUCUCACUGGGUCUCGGUCCCGGGGUCUCAGCAACUACAGAACUCUCUCUCCUUUCCUUCCUUCACCUGCCGCCUCUGCUUCCGAAAUAAGAACCAUUUGUGUAACACCAAUACUUAACUUAAGAAAGACAUGCAUUAUGUGGUUGUAAUCAAACCUGAUGCUUUCAGAUGACCUACUUACAUCUUCAAUGUGGAAAAGAUUAAGAACAAAACAAAUUCAUCUAAACUUCUGGGCAAUCAAUCCCAGUUGACUUUUAAAUGUAAGGAUGGAAUUCCAAACACUUAACACAUUCAGCUAUAUGACAGAAAGUAAAUCUAUGGAUAUGGUAUUUUGUGAAUGAUCUUUUAAAUAAAAGAAAACCUUACGUAAUAUUUAA